AUGCCUAUUGAAGUUUUUUGUAUUGAUUCAUAUCAUUCGAAAGAUGAUCCGAAACCAGUUGUAUCUUCUGUGAAAAAAAAUGUUUACAUUUUAUUUGGUAUUCUUACUGGUAUAUUACUUUUAUCAACAAUUGUAUUAGCAGUUUUAUUUAGUAUUGAAAAAACUAAAACAAUAAAACCAAUAGCAGUUAAAGAUGAAUUAUGUUUAACACCAUUUUGCAUUAAAGCAGCAAAUUAUUUACUUGAAAGUAUUGAUGAAACUAUUGAACCAUGCGAAGAUUUUUUUAAAUUUGCCUGUGGAACAUGGUUAAAGAAUAAUCGAAUACCUGAUGAUACCGGUGCUCAAGAUACAUUCAAUGUAUUACGAACUCAAUUAGACAACAAUGUCAUUGAUAUUUUAACAUCACCACUUCCAGAUGAUACUAUUCAUAUCAAAGCUAUUUCUAAUGCACGUCGUUUAUAUGAAUCAUGUGUUAAUGAAAUAGCAAUUGAAACUGAUGGUGUUGAUACUGUUCUAUCUGUUGUUGAUAAUGAACUUGGUGGAUGGCCUAUUUUACAUGGUCAAUCAUGGGAUGAAACAAAAUUUAAUCUUUCAAAAUUAUUAUUUAAAUUACGUGAAUACAAUAAUAAUAUGUUAUUUCAAUGUGGUACAGCAACUGAUGAUAAAAAUUCAUCGGCUUAUUAUAUUCGAAUUUCUCAAAGUGACCUUGCUCUUGAACAAAAACAAUAUUAUAUAAAUGAAUCGAAAAUAACACAAGCUUAUAAACAAUUUAUAUAUGAAUUAGCUAAAUCAUUAACAAAUGAUUCAACAAUGAUUGAAAACGAUGUUCGAGAUAUAUAUGAAUUUGAAAGAAAAAUUUCUCAUUUUCAUUGGACACCUGCGGAUCAACGAGCAAGACAAAAUGAUACGAUACGUACAUCACUUCAUAAUCUAUCACGAAUAUUAAAUACAAGUUUUGAUUUUACAAAUUAUGUUCGUCAAAUUUAUCUUUCAGCGAAUGUUACUUUAUUAGAUAAUGAUAAUGUAUCAAUAAGUGAAGUUGAAUUUUUACGAAAUGCAUCAUUACUUAUUGAUCAACAUUCUCCACGUACCGUACAAAAUUAUUUAAUAUGGCGAUUUAUGAUGAAUAGAGCAGCGAAUAUGCCAAAACGUUAUCGUACUAUAAAAGAACAAUUCGAAAGAGCACUUCGUGGUACAAGUGCUGAACGUCCACGUUCAGUAACAUGUGGAUCAUAUGUUAAUGGUAACAUGGGAUUUGCUGUAGCAAAACUUUAUAUAAAAAAAUAUUUUGAUGAAAAUGCAAGAAAUCAGUCACUGGAAAUGAUUCGUAAUAUUCGAAAUGCAUUUAUUGAUAUGCUUGAAGACUCUACAUGGAUGGAUGAUGUUUCGAAAGAUAAAGCAAAAGAAAAAGCACGAGAGAUUGAUGAAAAGAUUGGUUAUCCGGAAUAUUUAGGUAGCGAUAAUAUUACAGAAUUAGAACAGGAAUAUGAAGGAUAUGAAUUCAAUAGUUCUUAUAUUCAUAAUAUUUUAAAAGUACUACAAAUAAAAUCUCAAGAAAAUUUUAAAACACUUCGUAAACCUGUUGAUCGUAAAGGAUGGGGUCUUACUCCACCGACUGUCGUCAAUGCUUUUUAUACACCAUCAAAAAAUCAAAUCACUUUUCCAGCCGGUAUUCUUCAAAUGCCUUUUUUCAAUAAAGAUGCACCGAAAUAUCUUAAUUAUGGUGGUAUUGGUGCAGUUAUUGGCCAUGAAAUUACGCACGGUUUUGAUGAUAAUGGUCGACAAUUUGAUAAAGAUGGAAAUCGAAUACUUUGGUGGACACCUGAAACAAUUGAACGAUUUAAUGAACGUAAAACAUGUGUAGUUGAUCAGUAUAGUCAAUAUUUUCUUGAACAAAUCAAUACUACCAUAAAUGGAAAUCAAACUCAAGGUGAAAAUAUUGCUGAUAAUGGUGGAGUAAAAGAAGCAUUUUAUGCCUAUAAAAAAUGGAUAAAAGCAAAUGGAAAUCUUGAUAAAAAAUUGCCGGGUUUAAUAAAAUAUUCAUCUGAGCAAAUGUUUUUUAUUAACUAUGCACAAGUAUGGUGUUCAAAAAUGACUGAUCCAUAUGCAAUGAGUAGAGUUCUGACUGGAGUUCAUGCUCCUGGACAAUUUAGAGUACUUGGUCCAACAUCAAAUUUUGUUGAUUUUGAUCGAGUAUUUAGUUGUAAACCAGGACAAGGCAAUAGUCGAUUAAAUAAAUGUACUGUUUGGUAG